GCGACAACAAAAAGCGGCCGAACGCGGAAGUGACUGUCUCUUGUUCCCGCGGAGCGAAGAGGUUCGACGCGGAUUCCACUCGAGUUAAAACAAGGAAACACAGAAUCUAAAUCCAGAUCCGGUGCAGAGGAGAAGAUGAACGAACGCACACUCGGUGUACUUGCGCUCUGGUUCCUUCUCGGAUCCGGUCUGGCUCUAGACUGUGACUGGGACACGUCCAUUGAUCCGGAUCAGGCUCUCGACCCGGACGCCGGAGCGGUCCGCCUUGGCCCGCCGGAGGAGGUGUCGGACCCGGAGGAAUGCCAGGCGGCGUGCUGUGUCAAGCCGAACUGUGACCUGGCCCUGGUGGGUCACCCGGCGGACGGAGCGCCGCAGUGCCAGCUGGUGAGCUGCGUGGUUCUGGGCCGGGACGCGUGCGUCCUCACGCGCAGCUCCAACUUCAAGGUUUACCGCAGGAAGGUGGAGGCGAGUAGCGGGGUCAGGCGGCACAUCGUCCCGCUGCUGGAGGCCCACGAACCGAGGAGCAACGAGAGCAACAACAUUCACUGUCGUCUGCCGAUGAAGGUCGGUUCGUGUCGGGCGGCGUUCCCAAAGUUUUUCUACAAUGUGAGCGAUCAGCAAUGUCACCGCUUCAUCUAUGGCGGCUGUGAUGCCAACGCAAACAACUUUGACUCUCAGGAGGAGUGCGAGUCCGUCUGUAGCGGAGUCACAGGUUCAGUUCUUCCUGUCGAUUCGACUCCUCCUCCUCCUCCUCCUGUCAAAGCAGCUCGAAUGGUUCCAGCCUUCAACACAGGCCCAGAGUCUGAACCUGCUGCCACUGAGUCCGUCCCCCUUCAGGACACAGAAAUGUCUGCUGAUCAGUAUGCUGAGCACUGCGCGGCGGAGCCUCAGGUUGGUCCCUGCAGGGCAGCGUUUCAGCAUUGGUUCUACAACAGUCAGACAGGUAUCUGUCAAUCAUUCAUCUACGGAGGCUGCAGAGGAAACAAGAACAACUAUGUCAGCAAGGAGAGCUGCAUGGCUACAUGUUCAGUGUCAGUUCUUCCGUCCUCUAAGAAAUCUUCAGCUGAUGAUGUUUCUUCAGAUUACAAAGAUCAGUGUACAGUGACUCCUGACCCCGGUCCCUGCCGUGCUGCCUUCCCCAAGUUCUACUUCGACCACAACACUGGCACCUGUCAGUCAUUCUUGUACGGUGGUUGUCGCGGAAACCAUAACCGUUAUGGCAGCAUGGAGGAGUGUUUGACCCACUGCAGCCGAGACGGUUCGUUUGACAGUCGUGGUAAAACUCGUCACCGUUGGACGGCAGCCUUCUUCGUCUUCGUCACUCUGGCUGCCAUCUCUGUGCUGCUGCUGGUGACACUCGUCCUCAUCUCUCUGAGACGUCACCGCCUGUCCCGCCGUCCCUCUGUCAGUGACAAGGAGGAGCUGCUUCCAGACCCUGAUGAACAGUCUGUGGAUUCUAUGACCCUCCCAGAGAGUCCCAAACCUGACGAGGCCUGACGAGACCAUGGAUCCUCCUGGGGCCACUGAGGGGUCUGGGGUCAGGGGGUAAGGGUGGAUGAAGCUGUUACUCCUGUGAUUUAAAGUUAUUUGAGGGUGCGUUGUGGUUUGUGCUCUGUCAGAGGAGAUCAGCUGUGUCUCGUAGGCUCAACCUUAUUUUAACUAUGAGACGUUUCAUUUGAUCUCAUCUCGAGAACAAACCUGAUCCGUCUCACGUCUACAGACACUCAAGUGAUCAGGAGUCUAGUCUGUUUUAUGUAGACAUUAGCAUUACAGGGUUCUUUCUUCAUUGUUCAGAUGAAUGUGAGGUGUGUGUUUUCAGGAUUUAUGUGUUGAAACCUCUGCUGUUUAUCACAAAAUGGUUCCAGCAGUAACCAGCAGUGAGUUUUAGAGCUAAGCUAAGAUAGCUGUUUCCAGUCUUUAUGCUAAGCUCACCACAUCCUGCUGUAACGAAGUUUGCUCUGAGCUCACUCGUGUUUUCGGUCAAUUUAUUUUGUGAAACAUAAUUUACUUUUUACUUUCUGUGGCGUCACAUGAUGUAAACGUAUCAUCACUCUGAUCAUUUGAUUGUAGAUUGACAUUUUUCAUAUUUUAUGGAUGGAAUGAUUAAAUCUCUAUAUUUAGAUUUAGUUACAAGAAGAAAUCGUGACGUUUUUAUAUUCAGUCCCAAAACACUGGAGCCUGCAUUUCCCAUGAUGCACCUGGACAGUGUCGGAGGCGAGUCGACUGGUGGGCGCCCCCUUCAGGCUUAGAAGUACUAACUGAUCAGACUCGGUGUGUUGAUCUACCUUCAUUUAAUUGAUUGUUCUUGGGAAUCGUCUUAAUAAGGCCAUGUUGGUCAAACUCUACAUCUGAGGUUUUAUGACGAAACUUUUGUUAUAAAAUUAACUUUGGUCAUGUGAUAGAAAUGUGAAGAGUUUAUGUCUAAACUAAUGAUGAAGUAUUAAUGUAAAGUAGAAUAGAGGAAAAAAAACAUCAGGUUCUGAAUUAAGUUUCCAAAAAAUAGUUCAGAUGUGAUAAAAACUUCAUUUACGUACAAUUUACUUUUUCUAAAACAAACUAAUGACACGUUUUCCUCAGAAUUAUGAAUAAAUUUACCUUUUUUUCUCAUGUGAAGGCAAAAGUAGAAUUUUAAACUUUUAUAUUUUAUUAUGAUAAAAAUUCUUCAGGUGAUUUUAUGUGAUGAGUGAUGUGAAAUCAUUUUUAUAAAUCAGUGAGUUUAGUUUGAUAAAUGUAUAAUAUGUGAUUUAUUGAUGAAUCCGUUUUCAAGACUUGGUUAUUAACUCUGUAAUCAACCUGAUCAAUAAAUAAAACUUGAUGAAUCA